CAGCAACUUCCUCCAGCAUUAAACCACCAUAUUUGCUACCAAUUAAUUAUCGCAUGCCUAUUACUUUCAACUUCUCGCGAAUAUGGGUGCCCCAAAUGGACCGCUUUUCGAAGACUGUGUAUUUGUUUUUAUUCUAAGCAGAACUCUACCCAGGAGCCUCGCGGAAGAGUCCAAAUCAAUCGUGGAAGAGAAUGGGGGAGAAGUGAUACCCUUCGACGAGGACUUUGAUCUCCCUGAAAUCACGCACAUCAUCUCCGACACGGUCGAUUUCCCACAAUAUUCCGAAGCACGAUUACAAUUGAAGCCAGUGGUGACGGUUACUUGGAUCACUGCUUCGCUGAACAAGAACAAGGAGGCAUCUAUUCGACCAUUCACCCCUGAUCCAAGUAUGAUUUUCGCAAACGUUACCAUCACUUGCGAAGGGCUUCCUACGGGCGAUAAGGAUGCAAUCAUCGGCGCUGUCUUGGCCAUGGGUGGCAUGGAGACGAGUAGCCUUACGAAGAUGACGACUCACAUCUGCGCCCUCACCGUGGAUGGCCAGAAGUGCCAGCAGGCUAUAGGCAAGAGAUUGAAGUGCAAAAUCGUUCUCCCACACUGGUUCGAUGACUGCAUGAAGCUUGGGAAGCGCAUCGAUGAGAGACCGUACAUAUUGCCAGAUCCAGAAAUCUUCCGUUCAGAUCCAAGCGAUCCUAUUCCAAUGCCUUCGACCGAUAUACUAAGCGGGGCUUCAUCUUCUCGACCAGGAGCACUUCCUAUGCCAACAGACUCGCCAAUCCGAAAAUUAACAGUCUUCAACAACAAGAUAGUUACGAUCUCGGGAGAUCUUGAUAUCAGCAGCAGAUUACGCAAAGUCCUUGAAGAUCUCAUAGUCGGCGGAGGAGGAUUUGUCUCAAAGACGGUUCACGAAUCCGACAUGUUUGUCUGCCAUUGGCGUGAGGGUAGAGAGUAUGUUUUAGCAUCACGUAUGGGCCUUGACGUCGGGAACUUGUCGUGGCUUUAUCACUUAAUUGCUAAUAAUGAGUGGAUAUCCCCAAUGCGGAAGUUACUUCAUUAUCCUUUGCCAAAGAAUGGAAUCCCAGGAUUCAAAGAUUUCCGCAUCACUCUCUCGAAUUAUGGUGGAGAGGCUAGAAUAUACCUGGAGAAUCUCGUCACAGCCGCUGGUGCCGAAUUCACGAAAAGUAUGAAGCAGGACAACACCCAUCUAAUCACGGCGAGGAAGUCGAGCGAGAAAUGCGAUGCUGCCAUGGAGUGGAAUAUCGAGAUGGUCAACCACCUUUGGAUCGAGGAAAGCUAUGCGAAAUGCGAGGUUCAAAACUUGACCGAUCCUAGAUACACUCACUUCCCUCCACGGACAAACCUGGGCGAAAUUAUUGGCCAGACUCAGUUCGACAGAGCUCUUUUGGAGCGGAAGUAUUUCCCAAGAGAUCCUACACCCAGUCCAGGUGACCCAAAGCUAGUGAGGCGAAAUAUCAUGCGGGAGAAAGAUCGCAACGCGCCCAGUUCCAGGCGGACAGAUAGCGAUGCGGAUAUGGAAGAUCAAGACGAGGAGAUUCGGCCGAAAGCGGAUCUCAACAAAGCCCUCUCUCGAAAGAAGUCCAGACCAUCUUUCGGACAACAGGUUUCUACUCCUGCCUCUCGCCGGAUCAGUGGAUUAAGUGGGGGCAAAGAAAAUGAUACACCUUCGACUGGCAGUCGAAGUGCCAAGGACAAAGCUAAUUCGAGGAUUCAUGCUGCUGCCCCUGACAUUGCGCUCUACGAGAAAGAGAAGAAACGCAAGGGUGGUGUAUGGGGCGGAGAACGUGCCGCAAGUCGCAUCGAGAAAGAAAAGACGUUAGAACGCAGUUCCAGUCCUGCAAAUAAGCAUGAUGAAGAUGAUGAAGAUCUCUCGGAAGAUGAAACCAGAACUCCAAAACGACAUAAAAGUGGUCUUCCCCCGGUUCAAAUACGUCUUCUAACCACCGGAUACAAAGGAUGGCUAGGCAAUCUAGCGAAGGAGGAAAUGGACAAAAAAAAGCUUCGAGAUAUUGGAAUCUUAGUGACGACAAACCCAGUCACAUGUACUCAUGUUGCUGCCCCUGCGAUGGUAAGGACACAGAAAUUUCUUUGUGCCCUUGCCUCUGGUCCGACAAUCUUGACCUCAGAUUUCAUCGAUACAUGUAUCGCAAAAGGCAAAGUACCCCCAGAAAAAGAUUUCCUACUGCAAGAUCAGCAAAACGAGAGGAAAUUUGGUGUGAAGUUGAAAGACGCUAUUGGUCGGGCAAAAGCCAACAAACGAAGCCUUCUCCGUCGGGUUCCUAUCUAUUGUACAGCAGAUAUCACGAACGGACCCGACACCUACAAGGAUAUCAUUAACGCUAAUGGGGGAUCAUUUGCAAUCUACACCGGCCGUCCGUUCGUCAAGAAGACAAGCCCAGAGGAGGACGAUGGUCCAGCUGAGCCAGUGUAUCUGCUCAGUGGCCAGAAGCCGUCGGAGAAACUCCUCUGGCCAAAGUUUACGGAAAUGGCCAAGGAAGGGAAUAUGACCCCACGAAUUGUAGAUUCGGAAUGGCUUCUAGAUGUUGCCUUGUCCCAGCAGAACAAAUGGAACCAGAGCUACUUGGCAGAGAGAAAGAAGGGCUAAGCCGUUCGGUUGGUGUAUCUAUAUCAGCGUUGGAGGCUACUUGUCAAAUGUAAUCAUACCCUGAACGCGAUUGGGAGUCAAAAGACAGCGAGGUGCCCAUAACGAACGGCGUUUAGGCGUUAGAUGGGUUUUAAGAAUAGCCAAGUUACGCCUGAUUUUCAAACUCCUU